AUGAUGAUAUCAGCACGUAUUGUACUCACAGAUACUUAUAUCACAACAGUUAGUUCACAAUUCGAUCCGGUCUAUUCGAAACUUCGACAUCCGAUAAAACAAGUUCCAAUUAUUCGAAUAUUCGGACCGAAUCUUGAGGGAAAGAAAGUUUGCCUUCACUUGCACGGAGUUUUUCCAUAUCUACUCGUCAAAUCGCCUACAGAUGAACUGCGCUAUGGUGAACAAUUGGCACAAAGUUUAGACAUGGCGAUUAAUCUAUCGUUAGAAAAAGGAGACACUGAAACCAAACAUGUUUAUGAUAUAAAACUCGUUGAAUUACUACCAAUCUAUGGUUAUCAUGAGAAGAUGAUUAAAUUUUGGAAAAUUGAAUUUUAUAAUCCAGCGAUCAUUCGAAAAGCUGCUGAUCUUCUCUUGGCUGGAGCCGUCAUGAAUCAAGAAUUUCAACCUCAUGAAGCCCAUGUGCCGUUUAACCUUCAAUUUUUCAUUGAUUAUAAUCUGUAUGGAAUGAAUUUCAUUUUAUUUAAUAAUGCCCAUUUACGGAGUUCCUCUCCAACCACUACUAAUCUCACUACAGCAAACAAUCAAACAACAAAUUCAUCAUCGAUACAGCGAAUAUCAUCUUGUGAGCUUGAAUACGAUGUACAUAUCAAUGAUAUUUGUAAUGAACCACCUCAAAUAGGAAAAGGUAUUGCCAAUCCUGGUUUACAAGCUCUCUGGGAGGGUGAACGGAGCAGACGAGCAAAACUGAAUAUAACCGCUCGUUUGACUCCACCCACAUCUCCAGAACGUCCUCGAACAAAUCCAUUUGCGGCAGAGAUCCGUCACCAAGAGAAGCUCAAAACAAACGUUGCAAAACGUCCUCCCCCUGGUGAUGAAACACCCCAGUCUGGCUCACUUGUUACUGAUAAUGAUACAACAAUCGACUUAGCACAAAUUGAACGCGUCAACUCUAUGAGUCAACAAGUCGAUGAUGAAAUUCUGGUUCAAAUGAUGGUUAAUGAUGAAAUUAGCGAUUCUCAAGGCAUCGAAAAUGAUAGUAUUCUCGCAGCUGAUAUCAAACAACCGGAUGACGAUGAAGAAUUACUAGAUGAUGAUUUACAAACAACAACAAUCAAUAAUUCAAUGGUUAUCACCGAAAGUGAAUGUGAUUCAUUGAUUGUACCAUCCCCAACAUGGACAGAGACAAAUGCGGAAACAUUUUCUCAAACAAGUGAAUUUCAACGAGAAGAAACCAAGAAAUUUCUGGCAGAUUUCUUUGGAAAAGUAACUAAUACAAAUGAAUUAUCUUCAGCGGAAUACUGUUGGUUAGAAACAAUAAAUAAACCACCUUUACGCAAACGAACAACGAAUGUUCUCAAUCAGAAAAUAUCUUCACAAAUUAUUUGCGAAGAUAUCGAAGAUGAAACACCAUUUGUUAAACUAUUUUCUAACAUUCCAGAAUUUGUUUCCAAGCAUCAUCAACGUACGGACGUUCAACGAAACGAAGAAGUGAAAAUAGAUCUUAGCUUAGACAGAGGUGGUCAAUGGUACGGACCAUUACAACCACCACCGCGACCUGAUUGUUAUAAAAUAUCGAAUACAAAAGCACCAAAAACGCUGAAAUCACGGCGAACUCUGUUUCGAAAAGAAUCAACGAAAACGAUUGCAUUUCUAAGCAAAAUUGGUGCCGAAACCAAGUCUCGUUUAAUCUCCGCUACUAGUAGCUCCUUUUCAAACAGUAAUCUAGAUUUUCCUACAAAUCACCUGAACAAAAGUGAACUACUCCAUGAAUGCCAACAUUUAACUGUCCUCUCAUUCGAAAUCUUCUGUCACACAAAUGAAACAUAUGCAUUUGCACUUGAGAAGGAUGAAAUCUGUUCUAUAUUUUAUACCGUUGCAACUGAGACGUUAGAUGGAUGGAAAACUCAAUCAGCUGUUCUGAUUUCCACACAACAUUUACGUCCAAUCAAACCUGAACUUCUACAAAAAUCAUUCCAUUCAUUAGAAAACAAAUCCAUUGACUUCGUUAAAACCGAAUUAGAACUAAUCGAACAAUUUUCUCAAAUAGUCGAACAAAUCGAUCCGGAUCUCUUCGUCUGUUAUGACAUGAAGUUAUCCUUAUAUUAUUUAAUCAAACGAGCCAAAUUAAAGUACAAUUUAGAUUUAUUAGUUAAAUUCAGUCGUAUACCAGAACAACACGAGAAUAUCACGCGAAGUCGAAGUCAUAUGAGUGCAGAUGGAUUAGACGUACCGAUGAUUGUUGGAAGAGUUUUACUCGAUCUAUGGAAAAUUUUAAGAAGUGAAAUUACGUUGAAUAUUUACACAUUUGAAAACGCGAUGUACCAUGUUUUACAUGAACGUGUGCCGCAUUACGAAUUGAAUCUUCUUUCGAAGUGGUUUAUCAAUGAGGGAAUGAAUCCAUCGUUUGGUUUAAGAGAUUUUGUUACAUUUUUGGAUUAUGGUUGGACACAUUCGGCAGGGAAUUUUCGACUUAUAGCGGAACUGGAUUUAAUUAAUAAAACAUCGGAAUUCGCAAGAAUUUAUGGAAUUGAAUUCUAUCAUGUUCUUUCUCGUGGAUCUCAAUAUCGCGUUGAAUCUAUGAUGAUUCGAUUAGCGAAAUGUCUCAAUUAUGUCACAGUUACCCCAGAUAACAUGCAACGACUACAUAUGCGUGCACCUGAAUGUAUUCCUUUAACUCUUGAACCGAUUUCUUCGAUCUAUUUCACACCUAUCGCCGUACUGGAUUUUCAAUCACUGUAUCCAUCAAUCAUCAUGGCUUACAAUAUUUGUUAUUCGACAUGUCUUGGACGUAUUGACCAACUUGAUCGGCAAGGGCCGUUCAAAUUCGGUUGUACGUCCUUAGCAGUCCCAAAUAAAACAUUAGCCAAUCUGAACCUUGAUACGGAUAUCUUCUGCUCACCGAAUGGCAUCGCAUUCGUACAAAAACAUGUCCGACAAGGAAUUUUACCUCUUAUGUUAGAAGAAAUUCUAGCCACACGUGUCAUGGUUAAAAACACCAUGAAAUUAAUCGAUAAGAAAUCAACACUUUAUCGAACGCUAGAUGCUAGACAAUUGUGUUUAAAGUUAAUUGCCAAUGUAACAUUUGGAUACACAUCUGCUAGUUUCAGUGGACGAAUGCCAAGCGUCGAGGUUGGUGAUACUAUCGUUCAUACUGCUCGUACAGUUCUGGAACGUGCUAUUGACUUUAUCAAGACUAAUCCACAUUUCGGUGGUCGCGUAGUUUACGGUGAUACUGACUCUUUAUUCAUUCAAUUUCCUCAUUCGACCCGUGCACAAGCUUUCGAGCAAUCUCAUUUACUUGUCAAGGCACUGAAUCAACUAUAUCCUUCGCCAAUUAAGAUAAAAUUUGAAAAAAUCUUUAUGCAAAGUGUUCUAGCAUCGAAAAAGCGUUAUGUCGGCAUGUCCUAUGAAACGGUCGAUCAACAACAAGGUAAAUUUGAUGCCAAGGGCAUUGAAACAGUUCGUCGUGAUACGUGUGCAAUUGUAUCGAAAAUUCUCCAACAUUCUUUGAAAUUAUUAUUCCAAAGUAAAGAUGUUACACGUGUUCGACGUUAUGUUCAAUCCGAAUGUGAAAAAAUCAUGACGCAUCGUUUGAAUUUAUUGGAUUUUAUCUUUGCAAAAGAAUAUCGCGGCAAAGCACGAUAUCAUCCAGCAGCUCCUGUUCCGGCUUUACGCAUUGCGAUGGAACGAGCAAGACACAAUCCAUUAGCUGAACCAAAUCAAGGUGAACGCGUUCCGUAUCUAAUCGGUUUGAAUAAUGAUAAUCCAAAUGCAAAUCUUAUCGAUUGUAUAUGGACUCUGGAUAAUGUGUUGGAGUUCAAAUCGGAAUUUCAACUGAAUUCCAUGUAUUAUAUCAAAAAACAAAUUCUACCUGCACUUGAUCGUUGUUUAGCACUGAUUGGUGUGAACUGCUUCAAAUGGAUCGAUGAUCUAUGCGCUGAAAUGAAUUCUACUGAUAAACAGCAAGGAGAAAUGUUCGAUGGGAACGUUCAACGAACGAAUCUUCGAAAACGUUGUGUCGUUUGUUCACAAAUAGCAAGUACACCGAUAUGUAGUGAAUGUCGUGAAGAAGAGGAUUUAACUGAAACGAUGAUUAUAUGUGAAAAUAAAGCAAAUAAAUUAGAACGACAGCACGCUGGUUUGCAGCGAUUAUGUCUGGCAUGUUCAGAUCGAGUCGAUGGAUGGUUUCAAUGUUCGUCAACCGAUUGUCCGGUGAAAUUUCGUGUUCAUAAAAUUACGCAAUCAAUGCAGAAUGCAGAAGAAACAAGAUUGUAUUUAAAUAAUGAAUGUUAA